AUGGUGCUUCAAAGAGAUAUCGUUAAAGAUGUAAUAGAAGCAAUUCAAGAAGCUAACAACAUGGAGCUGAAACCGACUCCAGGUAAUACCUUGCGUCAGAUGUUCAGAAAUCAAGCAAACUCAAUUCUUAACAACACUCGUGACAAAACCGGUGGUUCCGGUAAGAAAUCUUUGGCUAAAUACAAUAACCUAACAGCUGUGGUGGAAUCAGGAUCCAUCACUAUUUUUACAUUACUGUCCCGAAUCCUCAGUUCAAGACAUAUUUUACAGAGACAUCAAUUGUCACUGAAAUGUACCAGAUUGGUGGAAGAAAUGAGAUUUAUGUAA